AUGGGUUCGGGUCUCUUAGAUGAAGAACCACUAUGUAGAGUACAGAGGAAAAAGUCGCUGGAAACUAUUCUUAGAUACGUAACAUUUAAUGUAAAUGGAGCAAAGACCCUCUUCAAUUACUAUCCGUGGAAUCGGCUUCAGCAGAGCUAUGAUAAGAUGUUCAAUUCAUUGGAAGGAGAUGUCAUUUCGCUUCAAGAGCUCAAAUUGACACCGGCCAAUAUUUCUUCAGUUGAAAUUGGUAACUUGAAGCAUUAUUCAUCUUUUAUCUCUCUUCCUAAGCAAAAGAAAGGCUAUAGUGGUGUUGGAUUAUUUGUCAGAAUUCCUAAGGAUGAAGAAUGCGAUGCUGUGCGCUGUAGUCUUCGUGUCAUAAAAGCCGAAGAAGGGCUUACUGGUUAUCUAAAAUCGGCAGAUUAUCCCACCUCAUCAUAUAGAAAUUUAAAGCCAUCGGAGCAUAUAGGAGGAUAUCCUACUGAGAUGCAGGAGGAAGAGGGCCUAAGGCUUGAUAGUGAAGGCAGAUGUGUUGUGGUUGAAUUGGCAGAUAAUACCGUGAUUUUCUCUCUAUAUUGCCCUGCAAACUCUUCGGGACUGGAGGAGGGUGAGAAAUUCCGCCUUAAGUUUGUGCAUGUUCUAUUGGAAAGGUGCUACUAUUUAAAAUUCAAGUUAGGAAAAGACGUGAUUUUAAUGGGUGACAUAAAUGUUAGCCUUGACUUAAUAGAUCAUGCCGAUGAAAUAAACCAGAAAAUGAAACAAAAUGUUGUAAAGCGAGCCCCAGAUGGUGCCGCUUUUGAAAGAGUGAACUACAAUGAAUGUAUUGCGUUCAAAAAAUCGACUCCUGCAAGACGUCUAUUAAAUGACUAUGUUUUGCCGACAUUAGCCUCUCUAGAUCCUUCAGGUAAACAGUUUCUUUAUGAUUCAACAAGAAAGAUCCAAGGAAGGAAAAUGGGCCUUUACACAGUUUGGAACACCCUCACUGGAGCGAGACAAUCAAAUUAUGGAUCCAGAAUUGAUUUGAUAUUGACGAGCUCCCCCUCACAGUUCAACAGUAUAGUAGAUGCUGGCAUUUGGCCAUUUCUUCAAGGUUCUGAUCAUUGCCCAGUAUUCACUGAUUUCAAAGUUAACUCCGCAAUUAAAUUUAAAGACCUUGGAAAGCCUUCAAAGCUUAAGUUUCAAGCUAGAGCAUUUUUCAAAUUAGUUAAGCAUCACGACAUAUCUCAGUUGUUUAAACCCCAACUGAAAAGUUCCAAAAGGUAUUGCAAUGAAUCGAGUUCUCCUGAGACCCAGGAUAACAAGAAACCUAAAUUUACGUAUGCUAGCCGAAAGACAUCUAGAAGUGAUCAAGGACUCAUUGUAAAUUACUUUCAAAAAGGACUUAAUGACGAUAAAAAAGGUAGGAAAGAUAGAGAAAUUAAAGAAGAUAUAGAAGAUAAACAAGAUAAAGAAGAUAUAGAAGAUCAGCCAGAUCCCAAGGUAAGGAAAAAAGAGCCUAAGUUGCCGAGAUCUAUAAGUGCCAUGACUGAAUCCAUUUAUGGAAAGCCGCCUCUUUGUUAUCAUGGAAUUCCCUGUCAGAUGAAAACUAGCCUUAAUAAUUCAAAGACUAGAGGAAGAAAAUUUUGGUGUUGUGCAUCCAACUCUAGAAAAGCUCUUGAUAGCAAUAGAAUGUCGACAAAAUCUGAAUGCGCAACUGAGGGAACUAAGUGUUCCUUCUUUCAGUGGGUGAAUGGUAAUAAGAAUUCGAAGACGCUUACUACAACUAAGCUCGACCUUCAUGCUGGUUCACUUUGA